CUAAGUUAUCCACCUCACAACUGGAGGGUGCAUGAUUGUUAGCAUGAAGUACAACUUCCAAAUCCGACGCACCAUUUGUUUUAGAAAAUGGGAUAGUUAGGCUAAACUUCCAUUGGACUCAACAACCGGCUGGUAGAGGCGAGUGUAAUAAGUUGGCUAGCUUGCAAUCAACCAUUUUAUCUUUCAUAGAUGGGCUGGGGGAGGACAGGUGGGAGUGGAGCCUAAAGACGUCUUAACAGUUUUUUUGUUCAAAGUUUGCGAGACAGCAUCCAACGGGUAAUUUUUCAGACCUGUGCAUUAAUUAUACGUAGAAUAAGGUAUCGGCUAAUAAAUACUGUUUAUCCGGAUGCCUUCCAUCUGCAUACAUGGAACGGGAAUAUUGGCUUGAGAUGACACGUGGCAGGAAGGGAAUGGUUGAAUAUGGAGUAAACGUAGAUGGGAGUGCGUUCUCAUCUUCCUCUGAUGAUCAUCUUGCAAACAGCAAAUGGAAUCUUAAGAAACUUCCCAGGUUGCCAAGAUCAGAACUUCGUUUCUUCGAAAACGAUAUUCCACAUAAAUUAUCAUCACUAUGGGGCACCAAAAACAUGGUACGGAGUUCCCGGUAGUGCUGCUGAUGAGUUUGAGAAAGCUAUCCAGAAUCAUGUUUACACUAGAGAAAUAUUAUCAACAAACGGGUCAGAAGGAGCCUUUGACAUGCUUGCAGAAAAAACAGCUAUGUUUUCUCCAAAGAUCCUGUUGCAGAAUCACGUUCCGGUUUACAAACUUGUGCAAUUACCGGGGGAGUUCGUUGGCACGUUUCCUAGAGCGUAUCAUGCCGUUUUCAGUCACGGCUUCAAUUGUGGAGAGGCGGUGAAUUUUGCAGCUCGUGAUUGGUUCCCGUUUGGUGGGUCUGCUAAUGAGCGAUAUGCAUUUCUUCAAAAGAAGCCCAUUAUCCCUUAUGAAGAAAUUCUUUGCAAAGAAGCUAUGCUUCUUUCCUCAAAAAAUCCUAAAAAAGAUUAUACGUGUGACCCUGAUGCAGAUUUUAACCGUUUCGUCAAGGGCCCGUUUGCAUCUCUUAUACAUAAAUAUGAUGAUGCAAUAUCAUAUCUGAAGUCGUUGGACCGAUCACUUAGUAUCUUGUCGAAUUCGAAAGAAAGCGUUAGCUGCAGCAUUUGCAAACGGGACUGUUAUGUGGCACAUGUUAAUUGUAACUGUCGUGUUGAUCCCAUAUGCGUUUUUCAUGACAAAGAACUUUCUAAUUAUACUUGUGGGAUGCACCGAACCCUUUCAAUGAGAGGAGAUCUACCCAAAAUGUAAAAUGUAGCAAAAAAGUUUGAAGAAGAGCAACCGGGUCACAAAGGAGGAGUGGGUGGGGUUGAAUAUGUUGACACAAAGAUUCAACAAAGUAAUGCAAGUGCAAGAGAGAGUAAGAGGACUAGAAAACAGAGAACAUGUAACACUGGCAAAGUUAAUGGGGGUACACAUGUAAAUAUGACAGGGAAAAGGGGCAAAUCUGGAAUUUCACCAAGGAUGAGGUCAGGUGAUAGUAGAUUGAAGGAAGUUAACAAGAAAUGUAGAAAGAGGGCUUCUUAGUGCCAUCUUGGUUCCAUAAUUUGCCACUGACAGUUAUAUGUAAUUAGUUGUUAAUUAAAUUAAAUUAAAUUAUUUUUAUUAUGAAGUGAAUAGUGUGGU